CUUGGCUUAUUUUUAGCCAGGCUAUCAAAAUAUUUUUCAACUGGUCUGUUGCAGCACUAGAACUUGGAAUCUUGUAUCCUGUAGGGAGGCAGAGAAGGAAAGCAAACACUUGUUAAAAAUGGGGAAUUACAAGUCCAGACCUACACAGACUUGCUCUGAUGAAUGGAAGAAGAAAGUUAGUGAAUCCUAUGCUAUUAUAAUAGAAAGAUUGGAAGAUGACCUGCAGAUCAAAGAAAAUGAAUUUACAGAACUAAGGCACAUCUUUGGCUCUGAUGAAGCCUUCAGUGAAGUCAGUUUAAACUACCGCACAGAGAGUGGGUUGUCUCUGCUGCACCUGUGCUGUGUUUGUGGAGGCAACAAGUCACAUGUCCGCGCCCUUAUGUUAAAAGGGCUCCGUCCUUCCAGACUGACAAGAAACGGGUUUCCAGCGCUGCAUUUGGCAGUCUACAAGGACAGCACGGAACUGAUCACUUCCCUGUUGCACAGUGGAGCAGAUGUCCAGCAAGUGGGGUAUGGUGGCCUCACAGCCCUCCACAUUGCUGCAAUAGCCGGUCACCCAGAGGCUGCAGAAGUGUUGCUGAAACAUGGAGCCAACAUUAAUGCUCAAGACGCAGUCUUCUUCACUCCACUGCACAUCUCAGCCUACUAUGGGCAUGAGCAGGUAACCAGUGUCCUUUUGAAGUUUGGUGCUGAUGUCAAUGUAAGCGGUGAAGUUGGAGACAGGCCUCUGCACCUGGCCUCUGCCAAAGGCUUCUUCAACAUUGUGAAACUCCUGAUAGAAGAGGGGAGCAGAGCAGAUGUGAAUGCUCAGGACAAUGAGGACCAUGUCCCCCUGCACUUCUGUUCUCGCUUUGGACACCACAGCAUUGUGAACUACUUGCUCCAAAGUGACUUGGAGGUUCAGCCUCACGUUGUUAACAUCUAUGGUGACACUCCUUUGCACCUGGCAUGCUAUAAUGGAAAUUUUGAAGUUGCAAAGGAAAUUAUUCAUGUAACAGGAACUGAAAGUCUGACUAAGGAAAACAUCUUCAGUGAGACAGCCUUUCACAGUGCUUGUACCUAUGGCAAGAACAUUGACCUGGUAAAAUUUCUUCUUGAUCAGAAUGCUGUGAACAUUAAUCACCGAGGAAGAGAUGGGCACACAGGAUUGCACUCUGCUUGCUACCAUGGCCACAUUCGCCUGGUUCAGUUCCUACUGGAUAAUGGUGCUGAUAUGAAUCUAGUUGCCUGUGAUCCCAGCAGGUCUAGUGGUGAAAAGGAUGAGCAGACAUGUUUGAUGUGGGCUUAUGAAAAAGGACAUGAUGCCAUCGUCACACUUCUGAAGCACUAUAAGAGACCCCAGGAUGAGCUGCCAUGUAAUGAAUAUUCCCAGCCUGGAGGAGACGGCUCCUAUGUGUCUGUUCCAUCCCCCCUGGGGAAGAUCAAAAGCAUGACGAAAGAGAAAGCUGAUGUCCUCCUCCUGAGGGCUGGAUUGCCCUCCCGUUUCCAUCUCCAGCUCUCUGAAAUUGAGUUCCACGAGAUUAUCGGCUCAGGUUCUUUCGGGAAAGUCUAUAAAGGGCGGUGCAGGAAUAAAAUAGUGGCAAUCAAACGAUACCGAGCCAACACCUACUGCUCUAAGUCAGAUGUGGAUAUGUUUUGCCGAGAGGUGUCCAUCCUCUGCCAGCUCAACCACCCUUGUGUGGUUCAGUUUGUGGGAGCCUGCCUGGAGGACCCCAGCCAGUUUGCCAUUGUCACGCAGUACAUACCAGGAGGCUCUCUCUUCUCCCUCCUUCAUGAACAGAAGAGAAUUCUUGACCUGCAGUCUAAACUAAUUAUUGCUGUAGACGUUGCCAAAGGUAUGGAGUACCUGCACAGCUUGACCCAGCCAAUCAUCCACCGAGACCUAAACAGUCACAACAUUCUUCUCUACGAGGACGGUCAUGCUGUGGUGGCAGAUUUUGGAGAAUCAAGAUUUCUGCAGUCCCUGGAUGAAGACAACAUGACUAAACAGCCAGGGAACCUACGCUGGAUGGCCCCCGAGGUAUUCACCCAGUGCACGCGCUACACCAUCAAGGCAGAUGUCUUCAGCUAUGCCCUGUGUCUGUGGGAGCUCCUCACUGGAGAAAUUCCCUUCGCGCAUCUCAAGCCAGCAGCUGCAGCGGCAGACAUGGCAUACCACCACAUCAGACCUCCCAUCGGCUACUCCAUCCCCAAGCCCAUCUCAUCUCUGCUGAUGCGGGGCUGGAAUGCAUGUCCUGAAGGAAGACCCGAGUUUUCUGAAGUCGUGAGGAAGCUGGAGGAGUGCCUGUGCAAUGUGGAGCUCAUGUCUCCUGCCUCAAGUAACAGCAGUGGUUCUCUGUCGCCUUCCUCUUCUUCUGAUUGCCUGGUGGGCCGGGGAGGGCCUGGCCGGAGCCACGUGGCAGCUUUAAGGAGCCGGUUUGAGUUGGAAUAUGCCCUAAAUGCAAGGUCCUAUGCUGCUUGGUCCCAAAGUGUCGGGACACACUCCAAUCCAGGCCUGUCUUUGGAGGAAAUGAACAGAAGUACCCAGGACUCAACCAUUGACAAAUAUGGUCAUCCUUUGCUUCUUCCUCUGGUAUUGACUGCCGAUCAUCAGUUGCAUACAGCAGCCUUGCUAUGUGUCUGAUCCCAUGAGCCCAAUGCACUUUCACUCCCGUCGGAACAGUGGCAGCUUUGAGGACAGCAGCUGACAUGUCUGACGUACACCUAAAGAGAAUUUUCCCACAGAGUGACAGCAGUGAUUCUAUCCAUGGCAAGCUCACUUCCAAUUAUAGUGCUCUGCCCUCUGAGGGCUGUUCACAUUGCCUUGUUUACUCCGCUUUCACUUGGCUCCCUUCUCCAGGGUGGGCUUUGAGUUGCACCGAGCAUGACGUGCUGGAGAGCAAACAUGGACUGUGCAUGAAGAAUUGUUCUUCGCUUGACACACAAAGUGCCUCAGUCGCUUAGGGAUGGGGUUAAUCCGUGCAGAUGCCUGGUUUGGUUCUGAUCCUUAUGUACUCUUAGACUAAACUAUGCGGGCUUGUGUUUGAGUAUCUCCAAUUAGAUUUCUUACAAUGUUGUUGAUUGCCUUAUCUCAUGAUAUUACUUCUGGUAUUCAUUCUGUGAUUAAAGACUUUUUGGUGUUCCAGAACAUUCA